ACAAUAGAAUAAGCUUUGUGUUUUACUUUUCUCCGUAAGUAUCAUAUCGCACGGAGUAGUAAUAAAAGUCAAUCAGAGCGAUCAAUUAAUGAACCGUUCAUUCAACUUAACUUGAAUUCGAUUAGUCGAUUAUCAGACGAUUUAGAUCGAAAUCGUUCUAUAAUAUCGAUCAAUAUAAUAUCGAUUCGGUCAAGUGACAAUUGUUCUGUAGGUAAGUACUUCAACUUUAAGGUAAAAUCUGCUUUACUCGUCGAGUAAAGAUCAGGAAGAAAAGAGCAGAGAUUUCUUCUAUUCGGAUUGGUCAAUUUAAACGCUACUUUAUUCGACGAUGGAUUUUGGAACGCAGUUCUGAAAGUUUCCUACGUCAAGUGUGUAUGUGUGUAUGUCUGACGUGAACGCGUCAACUGUUGUUCUAUGUUAAGUGAUUGCUCCGUUUUUUUCAAAGCAUUUUUGUAGCACGUAUAAUUCUUAAUUAAUAAACAUCGGUACUCAGUGAAGACUGAAAUACAAUUACGUUUGCGCUUUGUGAGUUUGCGUCACUUUUUUUGAGGAAAGGAAUUUUAAUUGCAGUUCCCGCGCGAUUUGCUCCGAAAUAAUAGUAAUAGUAGAACACAAGCGUGCUCCGAUAACAAUGACAGCAUUUCCGCAGUUCGAUUCUCACAUAAGUGACGAAAACGCGAAAAAAGCGCUAGAAAGCUACGUCGGAAUCCUGCAAGAAGCGUUUAAACAUUAUCAAAAUUUACUGGACAAUUACAUAAAGUUGCAAGAGGAACACAAACAGUGUAGCAGUCAGUUCUUAUCUAAAGUUGAUAAACCUUGUACACGCAUAAAAGAAGAAUUAUUGUCUCAAACAUGCAUAAAAGAGGAAGUACUGUCUCAGAAACAGUUGAACAUCCAGGAUAGUAAGCAGGAAAAUAACAUCUUAUUGCCAGAAUUAGAUAUUAGUUAUUCUUCGGAUACAAGUCCACACAAAAACAACUCUGAAAAUACUUCACCAAAGAGUCCAAUACUCUGCAAAACAUAUCUAAAUGAUUCCAAUGCUUUUACAAGAAAUUUAAUGCAAUUAGAUUCAGUGUAUGACAACUCAACAUCCAAUAUGAAAACAUAUCACAGCAAUAAAGAAGUUUCUGAAAAAUGUAAUUCCAAUCUGGAACUCAGUACAUCACAACAUGUAGAAACUACAUUUUUGUCAGAUGGUAGGAAAUUGAAACAGACUCGACUUGUGUUUAAGAAAGUGCCUUCAACAAAUGUGAAUCAACCUGAUUUGACUGAUAUAUUGCCAAAAGUGCAACAGAAUUCAAGAGAAGAUAUUUCUGUACUGCAAGCAUCCACUACUGAGGACAGCAAUAUUACAAAUGUCAAUGAAACUGUGAUAGACAUCAGUCCUACGCAAAGAGAUGUUAUGUCUAAACUCAGACGCUGUUUACAACUUAAGAGAAAACUCCCUUCAAGAAAUAUAAAUACUUUUCCUAAAAAGAAAAAUAAUAGUUCUGAUCAUAAGGAUGUAAUACCAAUAUUAACAGUAACAGAUAUAGAUUCUGAAUCGUGUACUCCCAAGCAUCCCACACAAAUGGAAAAUUACAAAUCCUUUAUUAAACAUUUUGAUACACCUACAGUUAACAGUCCUUUAAAAGAUAAUACAACGGCUUCUCCGCUGGUAGAAAUAAAUAACAUUCCAGAUGUUCAGAUCAUAAGUCCUGAGAAAACCAAAAAGACAUAUCAGUUAGGAACAGACAGAAUACAAUGUACUUCUGAGAACAAAAAUAAUUGUCCAGCAUAUGAAGAAGAAACGUUUUGCUUCUCUAUAGAACGAUCUAUGAACAGAUAUACUGAUGAUUCUAAUUUGGACAAUACAGAAAACAGGCCACCUGUAAAAAAAUUAUUGUUGAAUAGCUCAAGCAAAACUGAAGAUGUUCCUGAAGAGCAGCUUAAUAUGCGAUGCAAAUCUGACAGAGCAAAGUUGAGAGGCCGGGAUUGCUGGGAAUGUGAAGAAUAUUACAAGAAUUUGGCGCUCCCUAAGGAAGAGUUACAAAACCGAAAAAAUUAUUGCUCGCGACAUCGGGAUAAAUAUGAAAGAGCGAAUACACCAGAAGGUUUCUGGGAUCCAGAAUUUCCUGAAACGUUAUCAAGCACUUAUAAGUAAAAACCAAUCUAUAUAAAUCAUAAUAUUUAAAAAUCGCCGUUUAUUAUUGUAAGUAUUGGAUUAUAUAUUUUUUGU